CUGACAAACACUCUGGUGCAGCAAUGACUGUCAUAGAGGAAAAUCGCCCUUUUGCCCAGCAACUAUCCAACGUCUACUUUACUAUACUUUCACUUUUUUGUUUUAAACUUUUUGUGAAAAUCAGCCUUGCCAUCCUCAGUCACUUCUACAUUGUAAAAGGAAACCGUAAGGAAGCAGCAAGGAUAGCUGAUGAAUUUUAUGGAAUUCCUCAAGGGCAAGGUUCUUGGGCAGAUCGUUCACCACUGCAUGAGGCAGCCAGUCAAGGACGUCUCCUUUCUCUAAAAACUUUACUGUCACAGGGUUACAAUGUGGAUACUCUGACAAUUGACCAAGUCACUCCACUACAUGAAGCCUGCCUGGGAGAUCAUGUAGGGUGUGCAAGAAUCCUUCUUGAAGCAGGGGCAAAUGUAAAUGCUACAACAAUUGAUGGAGUGACCCCAUUAUUUAAUGCAUGUUCAAGAGGCAGUGCAUCUUGUGCAGAGCUUUUGUUGGAGUAUGGUGCCAAAGCUCAGUGGGAGUCGUGUCUCCCUUCACCGACUCACGAAGCAGCCAGUAGAGGUCACAGUGAAUGUCUGGAAGUGCUGAUCUCCUGGGGCAUAGAUGUUGACCAAGACAUUCCUCAUCUGGGAACACCUCUAUAUGUAGCUUGUGUUUCACAGCAGAUCCAUUGCAUUCGAAAACUUCUUUAUGCAGGAGCUAAUGUACAGAAAGGAAAGUAUUUGGACACGCCACUACAUGCAGCGGCUCAGCAACCCAGUACAGAGAUAGUAAAUUUACUUCUUGAAUUUGGGGCAGACAUUAAUGCCAAGAAUACAGAUUUUGAACGGCCCGUAGAUUUAGCUGCCCCAAGCGGUUUGGUGGAGAGAAUGUUGCUUCUGCAUGAAGCUACUCCAUGCUCUCUUUGCCAACUCUGCCGACUAUGUAUCCGAAAUUGCAUAGGAAGAGCAAGACUGCAUCUUAUCCCCCAACUUCAGUUGCCAACAAUAUUGAAGGAUUUUUUACAGUAUAGAUAAAAUAGUGGCUAACCUUCAGAAACUUGAACAAGUACUGUUUUGUCUGUAUACUGAAUGUUCACAUGAAGAACUUCUGAGGAAAUAGUCUUUUACAUAUUACUAUACUAAGUCUUUGACACCAGGAGUCGUGAUGUAACAAUAUUUGGGAGCCCUUGAACGACUCGGUGCCAAGGUGCUAAUACAACUGAGUAAGAUGAAGUGUGCUAAUACUCUGGGAAAUGAUUGUAUAGCUAGCUUUAGCUUAACACUUACUAAUUAGCUAUUUUGCUGAUAA